CGGGAGUGGGCCUGCUGAUAGCCCUUGUUAGCACGCUCGGCAGCUCUGUGCGGGCCCCAGAUUUAUUUAUUUGAAUGGAAGAGCAACACAGAGGGAAGGAGACACAGAAAUUUUCCAUCUGCCAGUUCACUCCUCAAAUGGCCAAAGCCAGGAGCCAGGAUCUCCAUCCUAGUCUCCCGCGCAAGUAGCAGGGGCCCAAGCACUUGGACUCUCCUCCACUGGCUUCCCAGGCUCAUUAGCAGGGAGCUGGAGCAGAAGCAGAGCACCUGGGACUGGAACCUGCACUCCGAUACCGGAUGCCUGCACCACGAGCCUGGACUUAACCCGCCUGCCCUGCAGACAUUCUCAAUCAUUAGAGGAGUUGGAUUCAAAUGUUUCCAGGUCUGAGCAUGGCGGAAGGGGACACCUUGGUAUCGGUGGAUUAUGAAAUUUUUGGGAAGGUGCAAGGGGUGUUUUUCCGCAAGUACACCCAGGCUGAGGGUAAAAAGCUAGGAUUGGUAGGCUGGGUCCAGAACACUGACCGGGGCACAGUGCAAGGACAAUUGCAAGGUCCCAUCUCCAAGGUGCAUCUUAUGCAGCAAUGGCUUGAGACAAGAGGAAGUCCCAAAUCGCACAUUGACAGAGCAAACUUCGACAAUGAGAAAGUCAUCUCAAAGUUGGAUUAUUCAGAUUUCCAAAUUGUGAAAUAAUAUCCUGAAUCUAAAUUUUCUAAGAUAAACUCAGUGGUUUGGGUUGUUAUUGUUAAUAGAGAUAGAACUACUAUUCUGUAUUCAAUAUUAGAAGUUGUCAGUAAGUUAUUUUAGUAUCAGGUAUUUGAAUGUUACUGUGUAUUACAUGAGAGAAGGAUUCCAGCUGUACACAAUUGUAAUCAAUAAAAACACAU